AAAAUGAUUUAGUUUGGCAGUACCAAUCAUAGCUUUUUACAGUUUAAACGUUUUACACAAAAAAAGUGUGGUGUCCUUAAUGUUUCAAUUUUAUAUUACACACCCUUCAUAUUCAUUUCCAGCAUCUAUACAUUAAAUACUCAAAUUCUGUGGAAGCUAGUGAUAGAAGAUGGGAUCACUAGAAAGAUCAAGAAAGAAAGUCAUGUUAUGGAAGAAAGCCAUGGUGCACUUUUCUCUAUGUUUUGUGAUGGGGUUCUUCACUGGCUUUGCUCCAACAGGUAAAUCUAUAUUUCACAGCCAUGUUGAUUAUUCAAAUAGGUCAGAAUUUGCACCACAACCUAUUGAAAUGUCACAGAAGACAUUAACAAAUGUCAAUAGAAGUUGGAUAGCUCCAACAGCAAGGUCUUUAGUACACAAGCAAAAUACAAAAUUACAUGUAAAAAUAGUGCCCCAGUUGAAGCCUAGAAGACUUAUAAUCAUUGUAACUCCAACAAGCACAAAACAUCCUUUCCAAACAGUGAUUUUGACAAGGUUGGCAAACACUAUAAAGCUGGUUCCUCAACCAUUGCUGUGGAUUGUUGUGGAAGGGCAAACAGAUUCCACGGAACUUUGGAAGAUGCUUAGGAAGACUGGCAUCAUGUAUAGGCAUUUGGUUUCCAAGGAAAACUUCACGGACUUGGAAGCUGAAUUGAAUCACCAGAGAAAUCUUGCACUCAAGCAUAUUGUGCAUCACAGGCUAAGUGGGAUAGUACACUUUGCUGAGCUUUCCAAUGUUUAUGAUCUUGAAUUCUUCCAACAACUAAGACAUAUUGAGGUAUUUGGAACGUGGCCAACAGCAUUGUUAGCAGCAAACAUGAAGAAAGUGAUCAUAGAAGGACCUGUGUGUGAUUCUUCACAAGUCAUAGGAUGGCAUUUAAGGAAUAUGAACAAUGAAACUGAUACAAUUACUCCUCCAAUUCAUAUUUCAAGUUUUGCAUUCAAUAGCUCCAUUCUCUGGGACCCGGAGAGAUGGGGUCGCACUUCCUCUCUUCAAGACACCUCUCAGAAUUCAAUCAAAUUCGUGAAGGAAGUAGUUCUAGAGGAUGAAGCAAAGUUGAAGGGAAUUCCCCCAGAGGACUGCUCCAGAAUCUUGCUUUGGCGCUUCAAUUUUCAUGCUCGCACGACUUCAAAUCAUAAAUUUCUGACUACUACAUCUGGUGUUAUCCGAAAAUAAUGUAUAGCAAAAUAUUCAACUUUCCAACUGCAGGAAUUUAUUCAUUAUUUUUUACUUUUACUUGUACAAAGUUCUCCUGUAUAUUUUAUACGUCCCUGCUAUUUUCACAAGUUUUGUUGGCUUAGAUAAGUCUAAGUGUCUUCUGAUGGGAAGCAAAAACAUUUUAUCAUAUAUAUAUUUUUGGGUUCUGCUAA